AUGGCUUGGGGCCUGUGGGGCCGAGCCCAGGGGCCUCCCGUGGGGGCGCUGACCCUAACAGCGCUGGCUGAAGGGAUCCGAGCCGGCCAGGGCCAGCCCAUGGAACCUCCUUCCAUGGUGCCUGGGCCUGUGGUGGAGACGGACAUUGGAGUGGCCCCGCCCGCGGCUGGCGUGGAGCCCUGCUCCCCAGACAGUGCCCUGGAACCACAGGACUGUGAGGAGCCCCACCAGGUUCCUCCAAGCUCCUGGGAGGAGGGAGCCCUCGCUGACCUGGCCCUGUGCACAGCUGCCUGCAUGGAGGAGGCGGGUUACUCGGGCACUCAGGCCACAGCACUCACCCUGUCCUCAGCACUGGAGGCCCAGGGGCAGCGGCUAGAGGAGCAGGUGCACGCGCUGGUGAGGGGGCUGCUGGCACAGGUUCCCAGCCUGGCCGAGGGGAGGCCCCGGCGGGCCGCUCUGCGCGUGCUUAGUGCGCUGGCCCUGGACCACGCGCAUGACGUGGUGAGCGCGCUGCUGCCCUGCUCGCUGCCCCCGGACAGGGCCGCCGCCGAGCUAUGGCGCAGCCUGAGUCGGAACCAGCGUGUGAACGGGCAGGUGCUGGUGCAGCUGCUGUGGGCGCUCAAGGGCGGGGCAGGGCCGGAGCCCGAGGCCCUGGCGGCCACGCGCGCCCUCGGGGAGAUGCUGGCCGUGUCCGGGUGCGUGGGCGCCACGAGGGGCUUCUACCCGCACCUCCUGCUGGUGCUGGUCACGCAGCUGCACGAGCUGGCCCGGAGUGCGCGCUCGCCCAGCAGCCCCAAGGUCUGGGCGCCGUCUGAUCCGGGGCCCCCGCACGGCCACGCCAGCUGCGCCGUGGAGGCCUUGAAGGCCCUGCUCACGGGGGACGGUGGCCGCAUGGUGGUCACAUGCAUGGAGCAGGCCGGAGGCUGGAGGAGGCUGGUGGGCGCCCACACCCACCUGGAGGGCGUGCUGCUGCUGGCCAGUGCCAUGGUGGCCCACGCCGACCACCACCUGCGGGGCCUCUUCGCGGACUUGCUUCCACGGUUGCGGAGCACGAACGACACGCAGCGCCUCACGGCCAUGGCCUUCUUCACCGGGCUCUUGCAGAGCCGACCCACGGCAAGGCUCCUGCGGGAGGACAGCAUCCUGGAGCGGCUCCGCGCCUGGCAGGGCGACCCCGAGCCCACCGUGCGCUGGCUCGGCCUGCUGGGCCUCGGGCACCUGGCUCUGAAUCGCGGCAAGGUGCGGCACGUGGGCACGCUGCUGCCCGCGCUGCUGGGCGCGCUGGGCGAGAGCGACGCGCGGCUCGUGGGCGCCGCUCUGGGCGCGCUGCGGAGGCUCCUGCUGCGGCCGCGGGCGCCCGUGACGCUGCUGAGCUCAGAACUGCGGCCGCGCCUCCCGCCUCUGCUGGACGACGCCCGGGACUCGGUCCGUGCCUCCGCCGUCGGGCUGCUGGGGACCCUGGUGCGGCGGGGCCGCGGCGGGCUCCGGGUGGGGCUCCGCGGCCCCCUGCGGAAGUUAGUCCUCCAGAGUCUGGUGCCGCUGCUGUUGCGCCUGCAUGAUCCCAGCCGGGAUGCCGCUGAGAGCUCAGAGUGGACACUGGCCCGCUGUGACCAGGCACUGCGCUGGGGGCUGCUGGAGGAGAUGGUCACUGUGGCCCACUAUGACAGCCCUGAGGCCCUGAGCCGAGUGUGCCACCGCCUGGUUCAGCGGUACCCGAGUCACGUGUGUCGCUUCCUGAGCCAGACCCAGGGCUACCUCCGUAGUCCACAGGGCCCCCUGCGCCGGGCCGCUGCCGUGCUCAUAGGCUUCCUCGUCCAUCAUGCAAGUCCCAGCCGCGUGGACCAGGACCUGCUGGACGCCCUCUUGCAGGACCUGGGGCAACUGCAGAGCGACCCCGAGCCGGCUGUGCUGUCUGCUGCUCAGGUGUCAGCCCAGCAGGUGGCGCUCCUGGUCCGCGCGCAGGCCCGACCCCGCAGCCCCCGCCUGACCCGCCUGGUGCGCCUGGUGCGUCUGGGCCACCGGUUUGCACGACCCCCCAGACCGGAGCCCGUCUACUCCGACAGCCCCUUCCAGCGUCGGAGCCUUGCGGGCCGCUGGGGCUCCUCAGGGCCUGGCUGAGUG